UCAUUUUUACUUUUGUGCACCAAGUGUGCGUAUGUUUUUGAUGCACGAUAAUUGAUCAAUGUCUCAAACUAUCACGCUUCGUCGAUUGUUCUCACUGAGCUCAACAUUAAUACAGGAGCAUCAUUUCUUGAUUAACUGUUAUGUGAACGAAAUCCCGCGCCAUUUUUUGCACCGUCGAAUCGUACAUAAAGUAUCAAACAGUUCAAUGUAUCAAAUGUAAAUGAUAAAAUCCAGUGAAAGAAGCAACAUUUUCACGAUUAUCAACACUUGGCAGCAUCAAUCGUUCGUGUUUUUUUUUUUGCUUUUGUUCGGAUUUCAAAUUUGAAUUGAAUCAAAGGAAAAAAAGUCAUUUUCAUUUCAAAACAUUGGUAUUUUGGAGUGAAUUUGUGUUGAAAAUAUGGAAACAUCACCAAAUGGUGUAGUGGUCGCGAUCAACCGCGAUAGAAAUGCUCCUCAACCUAAGCGAUUGAAAUUUUCUCCGAUUGAGGAUUUUGAGGUCUCAAAGCCGACACUCGUUCAAGGGCCGAAAUUUUAUUUAGAUUUCUUGGACGCAAAAUUGUUGAAGAAGAUUUUCGAUAACUUGGAAUUAUUCGAUCUACUGAAAAUGUGUGAUGAAGGCGAAAAUUUUCGAAAAAUCAUCGCUGAAGAAAUCAUGCCAAAUCGUGUUCUUAAUAUAUCCGAAAUACGUCCUGUCUAUUCCGUUCGACAUGCAUUCAAGAAGCUUGGUCAAUUUGUGGCCGAGGUAUCAAUCAAGCAAAGUGACAUCCAAUGGAAAAAAGCUGAAUUGAGCGUAAUCGAAGAAAUUCUCCGGCUGAUUGGUAAACGAUGUGCGGCCGGCCAUUUGAAAAAGGUAACGAUUAUAUUCGACAUGAAUGACGACAAAAGUUUGAAACUCAACACAGAAAUUCCGGAUGUCAUCAAGACAAUCGAAAAACUACAUAUCGUACAAAAUCGUCAACAAAACAAAAAAUUUGAGAAUUGCUUGGAAAAAUUGCUGCCUGCUUGUUCACAAUUGCAGUCGUUGAAACUGAAGCAAAUCCAUGUAACGGGACAGCUUAUGUCUGUAUUGAACACAAUUAAUUUGUAUGAACUUGAUUUGGAUGAUUUUUGUGUCAGACGCGAAUCCUGGACAGAAUUUAUUCAAAAACAAAUGCCAACGUUGAAGUCAUUCAUUUGUAGCAACUUUGGGAUACGCAACACACAAUUAUACCAUUAUCACAUCAUGCGUAACGAAAUAAGCUUGGAUGAGAUUGACUCAGCGUUUCCAGCUAUCGAGCGGUUAUCGAUAUCUCCAAAUUCGUACAUAUCAGAAACAACGAAUAAAGGAUUAACCACAUUGAAGUCUCUACACGUCAAGUGGUACCAUUUGAUUCCUCAAGUCAUGAUAGCAGUGCGAGCCAACACAUCACUCGAAGAACUCUCUAUUAGUAUGAAACAUGGGAUGUAUAGGGGUGAGGUGGAGCCAGAAUUCUGGCGAGAAACUUUGGCCGGUUUGAAAAAAUUACACUCAAUCAAGAUUGAGGUGGGAUUGCACUCACAUUCCUGGGAUGAAAUCAUUGGAUGGUUAAAGGAUAUGCCAAGCAUUACGGAUGUCUGUUUGAUUGGAAUUCGGUCGUUUAAACGGGAAAACAUCGAAGAUGUUGUUUCAUUGUCAUCGGAAUUGCGUUGCUUGAAAUUGGACGUGUCAAUCAGCUCAUUCACAGCGAAGAUGUACGAUACUCUGGUUCGCGAACGCAGCCGUUAUUAUCGAAAAUCACCACCGCUCAACAUUCACUUGAGAGCAACAGUGUUGAACAAAUUGAAGCAAUCCAUCACCGAAUAUGCCAAGAAGGAAAAAUACAUUCGACUUCAAGCAUUAAAUUGAGUGCAUAUUUGCACUAGAGAACAUCUCAAACAUUUUAUAUUGAUUUAUGGUAUAGAUACGUUUGAAUAAGUCAAACAAAAAAGAAAAAAAAAUUAUUCCAAUGUUUUCCAAAUUGAAAAUUAGAACAUACAUUUUUUUGUUAUUUUGUUCUUCACCAUACAAAAGAAAAAUUAAGGAAAAAUAUUAAGAGAUUUUUCGGGUAAGAUGGAUCUAAUUAAUCCAAGAUUUUGUUUGUUAAUCGACAGUUUUACGAAAAAGUUAUAAUUCACGAAGAUUCACAUAAGAAAGAAAAAUAGCUUGAAAGGAAAUUGGAAGAAUUUCAAAGAAGAAACAAGUUUUUCGCACUUUGAGUAUUCAAAAAAAACCAAGACAUAAAUCAUAUAUAAAUCACCUUGUUAAAAUAUGUAGAUCGUGAACGUAAAGUUAUGAAAAAUAUGCAAAUUGUGUCCCCAAUCUAAUUGAUAAGCCAGUUGAUUUGGCAAAUGAUUCUAAUAAGACAUAGAUUUAAAAAAUAUUAACUAGUAUACAUGAAUUGAACAUUAUAAGUAUUGAAUAUUCGGAUGAAUAAAAAGACGUUUACAAUUAA